AUGUUUUUUAAAGUGAUUUCUGGGAAUUUUUUCAGGAGUUUUUCCACACUCACCACAACUCACGUUACUCGCAGAAGGCCUGUUUGGAAAAUCAAGCAAACAUAUUACCACAAACUUUGGAAUCUACUCACCUCAAAGAAAUGGGACGAGUUUAACCAGACUCUUCAGUUAAUGAGAGAAAAAGGCCUAAAUAACGACGAAGUGACUUAUACUUUAAAGGCACAUUACUUCAUCUUAAACCCUUACGUCGCAGUUGAAAACUGUUAUUUGGUAAUCGAGGAGAUGAAAAGAGCUUUAAUUCAUCCUGCAGUUAUUAGAAUGAAUGAGAAUUUGAUAAAUUCGUAUUUCGAGCUUGAGGAAAUCGGCUGUGAACCUCCCAAACUUCUCUGGCAAAACUUCACUAAAAUGAUUUUUCAAACCUCUAUCAAGCUAAAUAGGGUCAGGAGACACAAUUUGAAGCGCCAACUACUCCUGAAGGAUCCCGAGGAUGUGAUGAAGUUAACUGACAAGGACGUCGAAAAGAUGCUCAUUGAGGAACACAAUAGUAACUUAAUUACUCCGUUUAUGGCAAUUGAUGAAAUUCACGACGACCCAAUUGAAGUUAAUCCUGAGAAGUUUAAGCCAAUUAAACCCAAGAAACUGGAUUUCAUUUCACUCUACUCAUUACAACACUAUGACUCUGAAUAA